AUGAAUCGGUUCAUUUCGUAUUUGUUUCUUCUGGCUAUUCUAUUUGUUUUUUAUAAGCCAGUUCAAUGUCAAACUAUUGCAGUGAUCAACAAUUCAUUGCAAGUUUAUAAUGGCGACAAUGUUACCAUUACAACAACCAAUUUACAGUCAACUGUCAAUGGAAUUGUUGAACCACGUGUCAUUUACACAGUUACUUCAGUUACCAAUGCUCGUUUCCUCCGUUAUAACACUACCUUUGGUUUCUAUCUCGAUACCAACACUUUCUCUGUUGCCGAUGUCACUAACGGACUUAUUUUAUUCUCCCAUUUUGGUAAUCAAGAACUCCCAACUUUUACCUUAAAUGUCUAUGAUCCAUUUUACAAUAUUAGUACAACUGCUAUUGGAAAUAUUGAAUUCACAGCCUUCAGAAGAGGAACCAUUGGUGCUCCACGUCCAGGUUUCUUUGCCAGUGUCGAUCCAACUACCUUAAUUGUCACACUCCGUAUCAGAAUGUAUUUAAGAGUUUUCUCACCACCAGAAGUCAAAUUCAACAUUGGACUUUCUGCAUUGACAGCUUGUCAACAAACUGAUUUAAUUAGAGAUGGAUUUGUUUACAAUGCAGGAACUUCCACUUACUGGUAUAGUGAUUAUGUCCUUUCAUUGCCAUUGUCAAGUUACUUGUCAAAUCCAAAUGUUCAACAAAUUUCAACUGGAGGUGUCAUUGAUUUGGUUGCAUUGAUGUAUGCUGAAUACAUGAUUACUACUUACACACCAUUGCCAUCUACUUCAACUGGUGGUGAUGUUUAUGUUGCUCCACCAAUUUCUGGAACUUGUUACAAAGUCAUUUAUCAACAACGUUAUAUUUUGACAUUGGUUCUUCAAGUGACACGUGUCAGUUUUAAUACUACUGGUGGAAUUACCACUGGAGGUAAUAACUGUACUGCUUAUAUACAACCAAAGAGAAUUUUCGUUAAUGAUUUGGGUAAAUUGGAAAUUAGAAUGAUUGUUUGGACACUUUUGGCACCACCUGUCACAUCAUGGACAGUUACUGGACCAUAUUUCUUUAAUGUUACUGAUGCCAUAUUCACUGGUACUGCAAAUGGUUAUUAUCAAUAUACAAUUGUAAUGCAGUCAAAUGUCAUUAAUGGACCAAUCGACUUUUAUGGUGAUUAUGUACUGACCUACUUAUCCCCUGAUGGAUCUGGUUGUACAAUUUCAUAUUCUUUACAAUAUGUGGUUCCUUACCCUGUCAUUACUCAAGUUUUACAAUAUAAUACCACAGCUCAAACUUAUGGAAAUGCUGCCUUGACAAUUGCUCAAACUCAAUUCGCGGCAACUGACACUAUCUAUGUCAGAGUUGAUGUUCCAGGUGCUCCUAGCGUUCCUUACAUGACCAUUUCCCCAUACAAUGUCAUUAUGUGUUGUUUCCUCGAUUUCACAACCAUUCCUGUCAAUGUCGACUGUCGUAACGCUUCCAACUCUGAUUUCAGUACUCAAAUCUAUAUCAAUGGAGUUCCUCAAAGCACUGGUGGUUUAAAUGCUGCUACCCUUCCUCCUCCAUCCACUUCCAGUUAUGGUUUCCAAUUCGAUCUCCCAUUUGCAAUCAGAGAUGGUCUCGAUAGAAGAUGUUUCCUAACCAUCGAGUCUGCCUAUUUACCUACAAAUACUACCACUGUUAGAAGUCUAUUCAAGGAAGAAAAUGUAGAAACUAGAAGUUUGGCAGCUAAUCCUGUGGCUAAUACCGUUGUUUCACUUACUUAUCGUUUGUUUGAUAUCGUUCCAAAGUCAACUAAGGGAGGUGCUGGAGCAGGUGGUGUUGUCAGUGGAGCAUUCUCAAUUGUCAGAGGAGGUGGAAAUAUGUGGAUUCUUUCCUUGACUCUAGUAUUGAUCAAGUUAUUCAUCUUGUAA